AUGUCGCCCUCCGACCGCAAGCCGAUAGCGGCAUAUUUAGGGCCUACCGCAUCCUAUUCUCAGCAGGUAUGGAUUUUAUACCCCGCCUCCAAACCCGUUGCCGCCUUGCAAGCCUUUUCGGAGGAUGUAUGGUAUUUGAAGCCUGUUACCACCAUUGACGAUGUCUGCGAUGAGACUCAGGAUAAGCACGCUCUUCUUGGUGUCGUGCCCAUUGAAAACUCGACCAAUGGCUCUGUCGUCUUUACGCUAGACGACCUGGCGGAUAGAGACGGGCGUUACAAGGACAUAUACGUCAACGGCGAGGUUUAUGUCGACGUUCAUCAUCAAUUACUAGGCCACAAGAACGCGAAUGCCACGAGGCCUUCUGGCCAAGGCGCAAGCGGCGCAUCAACGCCAACGGCAGCAGACCCGACGCCGUCCAAGCCCAAGAGCAAGCCAUUGGAGAACCUUGACCACAUCAAGAAGCUAUACUCGCACCCGCAAGCUUUUGGUCAAUGUACCAAGUUUAUCUCAACUUAUCUCAAGAAUGCGGAAAAGUUUGAAGUUAGCUCAACCAGCAAAGCCGCCGAGCUGGUGGCGGCCGACACGAGCGGCACGUCGGCCGCCAUCUCCAGCAAGCUGGCCGGGGAUUUUUACACGCUCGACACUCUGGCAGCGUCCAUCGAGGACCGCGACGACAACACGACGCGCUUCCUCGUCAUCGGCACGCAGCCCACGCUACCCGUAGACUACCCGCUGCGGCAGGAUCCAGCGCAGCGGACGGGCACCAAGUCGCUCGUGACAUUUACGGUGCCGCACAAGUGCCCGGGUGCGCUCGCGGACAUUCUGGGCUGCUUCCGGGAGUUUCAGCUGGACCUGACGAGCAUCAAUAGCCGGCCGAGCUUGCUAGGCCCAUUUCAGUACAUCAUCUUUGUGGAGUUUGAGGGACAUAGGCUGGAUGACACGGACGGGCGGGUGAAGAGCGCACUGGAAAAGAUUGCGACGAUGGCCCAAAAGUUUAGGUGGUUGGGUAGCUGGUACACGUACAGAUAA